AUAGCCUUUCAUUGGCAAACUGGUGCAAAAAUACAAUAUGUAGUUUAAAUGACUGAUAUUGUGUAUGUACCUACUUUGAUAUCGCUGCAGUUGCACUGUUCAAAAACCAAUAAAUUUCUCUCUCCAAGCAACAAUUUUUUUCAAACAAAAAGGACACAAAUGUAGAGUAUUUGUAUAAAUUUAUGAAAAUGGCCUUGAAAGAUAUAACCCACCUUCAAAACUUGCUUACAGCAUUCAAUGUUUUAGUUUUUGUCGCUCAUAACUGUGUUUCACUGUUUUUUCCCUUGUAUCUCAAGUACCUAGAACUAUCUGUUCUCGAAAUGAGUGUUAUACGUGCUUUCCAAGUACUUAUUACAAUGGCAGUCAUUCCAUUAAGUGUCUCUCUCAUGAAGUUGAAAAUCUGUCAAGCCUGGAGAACAUACAUCAUAUGCUCAUCUUUGAUUGCAAGUUCUGGUGUCUGUGUGAUUUUGGCUUUUUAUCUCCAGACUAGCGCCAAUGUAGAUUUAAUGCGCUGUGGCAAUAUCAUCAACCCUUUGAGCUUCAGUCAAAUAAACAAUUAUGAUGUUGAAACUGCCACUCCAUCUAAUAAAACUGUGCAAAACUUUUCUUCUGUACUUUCUGAAGUUCAUAGCACUAUAAGCAGUCAAAAAGAGAUAACAAGAAUGCCUAAUUUCAUUGGUGUACCCACUUCAGGACAUUCUACAAGCACCAUUACAACAAAACCUAGUUCUGUACCAAACUUUGAAUUUCAGUUUCAAGGAAUUCCAACUUCAAGAAUGGACAAUAUGAAUCAUACAAAUGUGGAAAAUAUAAAACCGCUUAUCACAAACAAAUAUAGCACUUCUAAUGAGGAACUUUCUACAACAGCAAAAUCAGAAAAAAUGUCUUCACUAAUAAUAAAUGUACUGUACAUAAGACCUACUAUUCCUUCUGAGGUAAAUGAAAUAGAAUUAUCAGAUGAAACAGACUUUGAUGAAAAUCUUGAAGACAUAUUUGCUGCACCUGAGGAUCCUCCAAAAAAACCAAAUUCACAUCGAAUGACACACAAAGACAGCGAUUCAAAAAAAUACCCUGAGUACAGCCAAGCAACUAACUCUGAUUCAGGCUCAGAAAUAAACACUAUCACAGCUAACUUCAAAAAUAUGAACAUGAAUCCUUUAACAAAUGUUAUCGAUUUUCCAUUAUUCAUUAAAAACUAUUCGCGAAAACCACAUGGCCGAACUACUCACUUGACACAUACGGCUCAUCAAAACUCUCGUGUUUUGGACUUCCCAGUGAGAGCAGAAUUCCCUGUAUUUACUACAGGAAAACAUGAGAUAUCCAACAAGCUGCCUGGGCUUGAUGCUAUAAAUAAUUUCAAUUCGACUGAAGACGAGACAGCCAACUGGCAACCUGCACCAGAAACGAACAAUAAUGGCGGCUACGCCAACAUCGCAACCACGGUGCCUGUAACACCGCAGACUUUGAGCAACUUUGCGGCGGGCCACUUCCAAAAAAUAAUGGACUUUCUGAACCAUCACCGGGCGCACGCUGACAGAAAUCGCAAGUCCUGGAGUGAUGACAAAGCAACCGGAACAUCUGGAAAACAUCGUAGAAAAAAUUUCCAAAGCACUUAUUCACAAGAUGGACCUAGAAAACACUUUAAAAAAAAUUCUAAAUUUAGUCUUGAUGAUUUAGAUUCUUUUGAGGAUUUUCCUUUAACUAGAGGACAAGGCCUACGAUUAACAGCAGGAGCUGGUACGUUGCCCGGGCAACAACGCAGGCUGAGGAGAAAGGUACCGGAAGGAGCGUUGUUGGUUCCGGAGAAAACGCCAGCGCACCGGCAGAAUGACUACGCCGAACACGGCAAAGGGAAUGCGAGUGCGACGGGAAUGACGCCCGGGGGUCCGGAGGGGAGCGACGACGUAUGGGCGGAGCCAGUGCCGGCGCGCGGGAUGCGGGUUUUCGCGGUGGCGGCCGUGCUCGCGGCGGCAUUCGAGCUGGCGUCGGGCGUGGCGCCCGCAGCCGCGCGGGAGCUGUGGGGGCAGCUGCGCGGAGGCGCGCCGACGCCUUCGCGCUUGCCGCUGCAGCUGGGGGCGUGGUCGGCGGGGGCGUGCCUCUUGCUGCUGGCGGCCGCGAGCCUGCCGUGCCGGCUGCAGGCGGCCGUGCACUGCUGCGCGGCCGGGACGGCGUUCGCGCUGGCGCUGGUGCCGGCGCUCGCGUCCCUGCCGGCCGUUGUGCGUCGGGCGCGGCCCAGCGAGGCGGGCCUGCGCGCGGAGGGAGACGCUGCCCCGGGCAAGCGGCUGGAGCCCGCGCGGCUGGCGGCGCGCUUCGCCUCGGGGGCCCUGACGGCUUGCAGCUCGGAGUUCAUGCUGUGGCACGUGGCGUCGCUCGGGGGCUUCCCGCUGGACUACGAGCUGCUGUACUGCGGCUAUGCGGCGCUGGGGGCCCUCGCCGAGGCGGCCGUGCGGCGGGGGGGAGGGGGGCGCGGCGGGGGGCUCGGGGCCGCGCUAUUGGCCGCGCACUUCGGUGCGGGGGCGGCGCUGGGCCCAGCGUGGUGGUCCCUCGCGGUGGCGCCCCUGGCCGGCGCCGGCUCCGCCCUGCUGCGUCCCGACGAGGACGACGCCGUUCGCCCGGCGCCCCGGGACCUGGGACACGCCCUCGGCUGCCUGGCGGGCGGAGCGCUGGCCCACGGCCUCGGCACGGCCGCGCUCUUCCGGGCCUGCGCCGCCGCGAGCUGUGCCUGGUGCGUCGUCUCCGUCGCCUGCCGGGGGCUGCGGAGGUGUCAUCGCGGCCGCCCGUACACGCACGUACUGCUGACGACGCCGGACGAGCGUGACUCGCCCGCCGAGAGCGACGACUGGCUGGAACGCGCCCUGAUCCAAGAGGAGCGCCGGGAGGGGCAGAUCCCCACCGCCCGUGCCGACAGCAGCCCAUCGUCCAGCGACAGUGACUCUUAGGACCUGCGAGACGUCGUGCGUGCUGACGGAAAACUUUUAACCUUCCUGUGACUUCAUUUUUUUUUGAAAAACCUGUACCCAGAGGUCCGGAAAUUUUGCGAAUUCAUUUAGUCGUAACCUGGAAUGUAAACCUUCACACUCUCGCACCGUGUUCAUGACUGGACGGCAGUUGUCUGGACACGCCACCCUCUGCGACCGUGAGCCAAAGACACCCAGCCGGGAGAGAUGCAAGCGAAUCAGAGUAGGGCUGAUUAAGGAGAGAGAAAAAAAAAUAUUUCUCGCUAAGAAUUCAGCCAAACGUUGUGCAAGAAAACGUGAGGCCAGACGAAUUCGCGGAAUUUCCAGGUGUCUGCUCAUACCUCGGGAUACCUUCGCAGCUUAUUCAGGGUGUCUAACUGGGUCUGUCUGCGGGAAUGAAAAUUAGUAGUUUUUUUUGUUACCGUUUCGCAACUACACACAAACUUAUGCCAGUGACAAAAAUAUUGGUAAUGUUCCAAAACCUAUUUUAAAUUGAACACAUUGGAUAUAAAUAAUAAUAACCCCCAAAGAAUUAAUUUCUUGUUUCAAGUGUUGAUCGUGACAUGUAUACAUUAUGUAUGGUUAAGUUUAGGGUAUGAACAUCUGUGGGGAAUAUAUUUCAUGAAAAAAAAAAAAAUAAUAUGCACUGACUUUUACCUCCAGGGUACAAAUACCACGCCUGCCAAAAAUUGGUAUAAAUAUCUCAAAAUUGAAAAAUAUAAGAUUGUAGGACAAAAUAAAUUUAAAAAAUAAUACAAUAGAAAUAAUGGACUUUUUUGGUUUAGUGAUCCAGUAGACACCUUCUGUUGCAUUUAACACUAAGUUUUCCUUGGUGUCAUUUUAGACAUUAAAUGAAUAGUCUGGUUUCGCGACAUUCCACUAUGUCAGUUUCAGCUGAAAAAAAAAAAAUAAAAUUCCACCAAAGAUCCCCAAAGUAACUAAAUAACAGUUUCACAACCUCAAGACCGUAACAUGUAUUUACUUCAAUAAGUUUCUUUUUUUUUCCCAGCGAUCUCACCAUUUGUUGAAGUGAGUGGUUAGAGUGCCUUAAAAAAACAAAGAAAAUGGACUAUACUCAUAUAAUACUUCUGUAAUGCCCAGAAUAGUUUCAAUAACUGAGACGAUCAAAUUGUCUUUUCAAUAGAAACUUAUUAUUUCUUUUGUAUACGGAAAAUAUGUCUAUAAAUAUUCCUCAUAUAUGAACUGUAUGUAGUUUUUGUUAAAGUGUUAGUUGUUUUGCCUUAGUAAAGAAAUGUUUGGUGGCAACUUAAAAGUGUUCUUUGAUUCUGUAAAAAAUAACUGUAACUAAAGAAUUUUUAAUAUUGUUUUAUUUUUACUUCUAAAGGUGAGAAAAAAUACACAUGAUGUGAUGAAGAUUUUUGUUUUCAGAGAACAAAUGAAUCUCUUAAUCUGUUCAUUUACUAAGUUUUAAUGUACAUAAACAUUUAUCAUUGAAUUGUACUUGUAAAUGAAAUAAAUUUCUGAAACACCAAAA